AUGUCUAGUGUUCAUUCAUCGACAAUAUUAGCGGAGACAAUUUCAUGGUAUUGUACCUUGUUCUUGGCAAUCAUGUUGCUUUUGAGCUGUUGCGAAUCGACGGAAAGUGAAUUCGCAGUGCAAAUGCACGAGCAGCAGAAGUUGGCUAUGAAGAAGCUGCCAUUAUGUGAUGAAAUUUAUGUGGUAAAAGAAGGAGAAACAUUGCAUACAAUAAGUGAGAAAUGUGGAGAUCCUUUUAUUGUUGAAGAAAAUCCACAUAUUCAUGAUCCUGAUGAUGUUUUCCCUGGAUUAGUUAUCAAGAUUACUCCUUACAAGAGUACGUAA